AUGCCUUCGUUUCUUUCCAAGGUCUUUACACGUAAAAGGGACGAGAAAGACACCUCUCGCAAACGCUCUUCGGUGGCGUCUCUGCUCGAAGGCAAAUUCGAAGCCGUUUCUCCAACCAUUUCACGGUCUGCUGCCCAAAUCUCGGAGCCUACGCAGUCGAAGGAAAAGGAGAAGGAGAAAGAUGCCGGAUUCUCUCUCUUCAGAGCUAAGUCUCCAGUUUCUCCCAACGACAGUUCCAAGUCCACGUCGGAUGCACCCCACCUGACUCUGAACCUCCCCGUACCGAAGGAGGAGAAAAGCCGUGCGCUCGGUGUCGUGUUUGAGGCAGACCCAGAGGACCGUAGGAUUUUGUCGGACAGCGUUGUUGGUGAGAGGCGAUUGAGCCCGCUCGAAGCCCUCUUACUCGUCAAGGCAUGUUCGACCGCCAUCGUCGAGCGCGGGGGCUUGGAGACGCUCGGCGUGAUGCACCCACAUUGGUACUCGGCCUCGCCCGAGGUGCAGCGCAGACUGAUUUCUCUCUUCAUUCUUUCGCUGGCUCCCAAAGGCCAAAUAACCACGCUCACUCCUACACCUACUUCACCCAUUCUCAUCUUUAACACGGAGCUCGAGUACACCCGCUCGCCCCACGACAUCGCGGCGGUCCUGCGUUGGGCGCUCCGGCAUCUUCGCCUCGAAGGAGACUCCUUCGGUCGCCAUUCGGUAGAGGGAACGAGCGUCGGACACGGCGAGGCUCAGUGGCAAUGGUAUACGCAGUUCGUGGCGGCCGAGCGUGCCGCGGCAUACCCGCCGAGCGCAUUUUCGGCGUUGCUCGUACCACAGCUUCCGCCAGCGCACUUGCAGCUGCUGGUCUCCACGCUGGAGAUCGUGUCUUCGCUCGCUGCCCACUCCGAACGCAGCGGUGUGUCCGGCAGCAAGCUAUCGAAGGUCCUUGGUCUGUGGUUGUUGUCCACGCGCAGGACGGGAAGCGACGACGACUGGACGUCGUUCUAUGCCCGAUGGGAGCGCGCGGGACGCAUACUGGAGCAUCUGUUCUUGGCUCAAAUCAGAGAUGAAAUGGUGCACAAGAAAAUGCCGUUGCGGCUAUCUGAGCUCGUGCAGAGCUAUCCCUACAACAAGGGCGGCACGACGGCAGAGGAGGAUGGCCUUCUGCCGCGCCCCCGGCUAUCGAGCAGGCGGUACGAUGCGCUGUUCGUCCGCGUAGAGACUCAGCUCCCUGACCAUAAGACCGCCAAGCCGAAACAGCAUCCUCUACGUCUCAUCGCUGACGCUAUCAAGGCGGAGGCAAACACUACUGCCGGCACAUACGAUGCUUUGUGGGAGAUCAUCAAGAAGGCCGCGAGCGUCGACGAGACCGAGGGAUCAUCGCCCUUGUUGGAGGAAGACCGCUAUCCCACACUCUCCCGCAUAUUCUCCGACGAGACGAUCCGCCUGUUGUCCCUCAUCCCUAUUGGGAACUCGGACGCGUCCAGUCCCACGAUACAGGUGUCUGGCACUCCUAUUAGCCGCGUUGGUAGACCAGUCCGCAGACGCAGUACCUCCCUCGGGUCUGCUCCUAAUGGUAACUCAACGAAUGGUAAGGCAAGUGACAACGUUACCCACGAGAAGGCAGCAUCCCAUCCUCAGGUUCCCGAAUCACCCAAAGACUGGAUGGAUUUUUCAACCUCCGGCUUUGGUGAAAGCGCGCUUGGCAGAGACUUUGCAAAAACACUCCUUGAUAACGAUGUAGAGGUCACGAAUCCCCCAGAGGUCUCACGCAAGUCUAGCAAGAGGCGCAAGGCAUCGCCCGACAGGAGCAGGCGAUCAUCUGCGGACAACCCAGCGGCGUCCACCGUCAACCACCAUCCUGUGUUCAGCACGAAGACGGUGAAAGCCAAGGCCACUAUUGUGAACAUGGUCAAGCUCGAUGAGGCUUUUGUCGACUUUUGGAGUGACGCGCUGCUAGAUCCCAUUGUGGCGAACUGGCCUAGCUUCGUCGUGUGCCAGCUGAAACCACUUCCAAGUCUUGAGGCUGGUGGGAGACCAGUCGAAUGGCUCGUCCUGGAGCAGGCGUUCACGCGUCCGCCGCCGCCGCAAGAGCCGCAGCCAACGUCGCCUGUGCGCACAUCGUCGCCCAGGCCCUCCGUGCGCUCGAACAUAUCCUCUUCACGGAGGAGCUCAACCUUUUCUGCUGCGCGGAAGCGUUUCACCUUCUUCUCCAGUAACACGAUCUCAAGCGUCCCAGAGGUGAAGACGGCUGUCGGGCGGAAGAUGCCUUCUCGUGUGAACGAGUUGGGCGAGAUCCUUGCAGAGGAAGAAGAGAAACAUACUGUCUCCCCCAUUGGAUCGUCUGGCCAAUCAAAGGGUCCUGGUUUGACGGGCGUUGCUGUUGUUACCGCAGCUGCUAGAGUUGCAGCGACGAAGACGGAUGAGCUGCCACCAGUUCCGGUUGUUGAAAUGGAGCAAGCCGUGGCUCCGCGAGAGGGCGUGACUGCAAUCCUGCCAAUACGGACCGAAGACCAGGCGGCGGAAAAGCCGUUAGUAGCUGUCCCGCAGGAAGUCGAUGCACCGAGCGACGGCCAUGCAACUCAGCUCAAGACGAAGAUCAUCCCCGAAGACAAGGUCCUGCCUCCCGCUCCCGAACCCGUUGUACCUGCGAGAGAUACUCCUGGCCCGAACAUUGCACUGAACACUGGUGAACCUGUUGUUUUAGCAGGAGUUUCUGCUCAAGCUGUGAUUAAUGAAAUUCCGUCCAACGUCGCUCCUACUGCGGCCGAGCAAUCAGCUCCAUCCACAGCGGAGCCGAUUCCUCAACAUGAGGAACUAGUUCUCGAACCGACAGUCGAGUUACAGGAGUCGCCUGCUAUCCCCGCCAAAGAGGCCCUAGCAGACAGAGUAACUUCUAAUAUUGCGCAGGACACGGAAAACGGACGUCUGAUAAAUGAUGCUGGCGAAGAGACUCGCGAGGAGCCGUCACCAGAUGCCUUGGAGCCCCCCAAAACAGAACCAUCUGCUGCACUAGAGGGGGAAGACAAGCCAAGUUCCAGCACACUUCUAGGGACUCGUAUUGAAGAACCCCAUCAAAAUGGAUCAACACACCCAGAGUCUGAAGCGGACGCUGCAGUCUCUCAGUUCAGUGGAGUUGCGCCAUGA